AUCAGUGGCUCAAGAAACGUGCAGGCCAACGUACAGCUGGAUCAGAAAACCAAAAAUACAAAAGGAUGAAGCUGCAGUUCUUGUUUUUCCUUAGCCUGAGCGCUCUAUUAGCUGGAGGAGAGACCUCACAUGAUGCCGAGAGGCGUAUGCAUCCGGUAUUCUCCUUAAUGGAAUCCGGAUCCAAUCCAUUGGGUGGUCGCUUCAAGCGUGCCAUGCCCCAAAUCGUUUUCGAAGCCCUCAGGGCAGAGGAGCGUUACGCUGAAUACUGGCAGGGAUUGGCUGGCCAAACCCUCGAUCAGCAAUUGGAGAGCAAAUUGAAAUUGAAUACCAAACUGGCCAGAAAUGUAAUGCUCUUUAUCGGAGAUGGCAUGUCCAUACCCACGAUCACAGCAGGACGAGUUUACUUGGGCGGCGAGGAGAAGCAGUUUGCCUUCGAGGAAUUUCCGUAUGUCGGUCUCAGUAAGACCUACUGUGCCAAUAUGCAGGUGGCUGAUUCCGCGUGCACCGCCACCGCCUAUUUGGGUGGUGUGAAGGCCAACUACGGAACGAUAGGAGUAAGUGCAGCGGUGCAGUUCAAGGAUUGCCAGGCACAGGCGCAAUCCGCUCAUCAUGUAUCCUCCAUUGCGGCCUGGGCGCAAAAACAGGGAAUGGCAACGGGCUUGGUCACUACUACAUCGGUAACCCAUGCCUCACCAGCUGGAGUGUACGCCCACCUUGCCAACAGGAACUGGGAGAAUGACGCAGAGGUCGUCAAAGAUAAUGGUGAUCCUGAUCUAUGCCCAGAUGCCGCUGCCCAGCUGAUCAAUAGCCCUGUAGGUCAGAAACUCAAUGUGAUUUUGGGGGGCGGUCGAGAGAAUUUCCUGCCCAAAAGCGUGACAGAUAGCAGUGGAGCACCUGGUCUUCGAUUGGAUGGACGGAAUCUCAUCGAGGAGUGGAAGAGUCAGCACACGAAUAGUGCUCAUUACGUGGAGAAUCGCAGAGAUUUGCUUAACCUUUCAAAUCACACAUCUCGGGUCUUAGGGUUAUUUGCCCCCUACCACAUGGCCUAUCAUCUGGAUGCCGAGCCUACAGAACAACCCACUCUCGAGGAAAUGGUUCAGGUGGCCAUGGAUAUCCUGGAACGCCAGAGUGCUGGACGUGGCUACUUUCUGUUUGUGGAAGGCGGUCGAAUCGAUCAUGGACACCAUGAUACUUUGGCUCUGAGGGCCAUCGAUGAGACGGCGGAGUUCGACAAAGCGGUAAGAUUUGCCAGGAGUCACACGAGCACGGAUGAUACCCUGAUAGUGGUCAGUUCGGAUCACUCACAUACCAUGUCGUUGGCCGGCUAUUCCAGCAGAAAGAACGAUAUCUUCGGGAUCAAUGACGGGCAGCUGGCGGCGGAUGACCUCCCAUAUGCCACUCUAAGCUAUGCCAAUGGACCGGGUUAUGAUAGUAACUAUCUGAGAGAAGGCGGUGCCGUGAAGAGAAAGAAUCUUAAAGCUAUCAAUAUGAAGAACAAGGACUUUAUGUUCCCCAGCACAGUUCCCCUGGCGUCGGAGACCCAUGGCGGUGAUGAUGUGGCAGUCUUCGCCAGUGGACCGUAUGCCCAACUUUUUACUGGAGUCUACGAGCAGCACUUCAUACCCCACGCCCUCGGUUAUGCCUCUUGCCUCAGUGAUCGUAACAUGUGCGUGGAUGGGGGCGUGGCAAGAAGACCACGCUAAGACUUGACCAUGGUCAAGGGUUAAGUCGACUAUAAGAAGUCUCAGGAAUUAUUGUAUUAUUCUCACUAAAGAGAGAAGCUACUAGUUAAGUAAUUAUUUAAGGGGGUAAUAAAAUAAAUACUAAAAAACUUGAAAAACCUUUCACAAAUGAUAUCGCCUAAC